AUGGCCAAUUCGGGCUUGCAGUUGCUGGGCUUUGCCAUGGCUGUGCUGGGCUGGGUGGGCCUGAUAGCCUGCACCGCCAUCCCGCAGUGGCAGAUGAGCUCGUACGCGGGCGACAACAUCAUCACGGCCCAGGCGAUGUACAAGGGGCUGUGGAUGGACUGCGUCACGCAGAGCACGGGCAUGAUGAGCUGCAAGACGUACGACUCGGUGCUCUCCUUGUCCGCGGCCUUGCAGGCCACUCGAGCCCUCAUGGUGAUAUCCCUGGUGCUGGGCUUCCUGGCUAUGUUUGUGGCCACGAUGGGCAUGAAGUGCACGCGCUGUGGGGGAGACGACAAAGUGAAGAAGGCCCGUAUAGCCAUGACCGGGGGCAUCAUUUUCAUCGUAGCAGGUCUUGCUGCCUUGAUAGCUUGCUCCUGGUAUGGGAAUCAGAUUGUCACAGACUUUUAUAGCUCCUCCGUCCCCACAAAUUUGAAGUACGAGUUUGGUCCUGCCAUCUUUAUUGGCUGGGCAGGGUCUGCUCUGGUCCUCCUGGGAGGUGCAUUGCUGUCUUGGUCCUGUCCUGGCACUGAGAGCAAAGCUGGGUACCGUGCACCCCGCUCCUACCCUAAGCCCAACUCUGCCAAGGAGUAUGUGUGAUCUGGGACCCACUUGCCUCAGCCUGACAGGUUAAAGGUGUGCUCAGAUGCCUGAAAGGACCUGGGGCCGAGAACUCAGCCUAAGGGUGUGAUGCAGGACAAAGGCCUCCUGUACACUCUAUCCCUGAACACCAUGUACAGUUCUCUGGGUUGUUGGGUGGGGGAAACAAAAAGAAAGGGUGUGCUUUUUGUAUAGUAAUAAAAAACAACUUUUGGAAGGUAGGUUUUUUCUUCCCUUCAGGGCCUCUGCUUGCUUUCUGUUCAAAUCCUUGCAGGGAAUUUGAAAACUAAAGUGUACCUACUUCAGUUCAGGAAACACAGAGCACCAGUGGUUUGCACAGCCGUCCCUGCCCAUUUCAUUUUGUUAUUCAGGCCCC